AUGAUGGCAGCAAGUAACGACCAGGCCCCAAAUAUCAGGGCCGACGCGCUGAGCAUCGAGAAGGAACCAUACACUGACAUGUGGUUGUUUCGAUGGCUCACCGAAGCUCCCGGUGAAAUCCAGGAUGAAAACGGUAUGCAGCACCAGUACCGAGGUUACAGUAUAGCACCACCGCGCAUACAGAUUAAUAGAAUCUGGGAGAUGAUUCGAAACCACGCCAGAGAUCCCGUCUCAGACUGGAAAGCCAAGAUAUUCGACUGCUUCAGAUACCUGGUCUCGCUGGAUCAAGAGGAAAAUGCGCAUCGCUCAUGGUACAACAUGCUGCAAGUCACAAUCUACCAGAUCAAGCCGAUUAUAUUGAUAAUACAGUACGAAAAUGAGAUGAACCAGGCUUAUCUGCACUCCCCUGCCGUCAUCUCCAGGACGAAUCGUUUUGACCAUCUUCUGGAUCCAAACCGUCCCUUAUUGGCGCCGCCCACGCCAAAACGAGGGAGCAUUACUGAGCUGCCACAUGGCACUGUCAACAUAGAAGACGUGCUAAAGUUACCGAGGUUUCCCUCGAAUCUCGAGGAAGAAGAAAGGCAAUGGACGCUAACGGGAAUCAACAAGUGCUAUAUGGAGCAAGAAGAGAGCCGUGCCUCGUCGAAAAGGGACCGCGUUAUCCAAGAAUACAGGGAGUCCUUGACAGAAUCCGACAAAGGCGAGCCCGUCAUGCCUCUCCCGAGAAACUGGAACGGGCCCGUGGAGCUGAGCACGAUGGACGAGCAAAUAAAGCAAACCCGGGACACGCUGCGCGAGCAUCAGAAACUAUGGGCGCAGCUCGAAAAAUCCCACGGGAGAUGGCGAAACCGGCCGCUAAUAAAUCAAAUACUCAACAUGAUUUGGGACGGCCGAGAGGGAGUCUCCUGGGCCGAGCUGGACUUGGAAUUCGGAGACCACGAAUUCCUGCUGGGUAGCGACGGUGGGCGAGAACUCAGACUCAUUGCCGCGGAGGAGGCUUCCUGGCUGUGGUAUCUCAGCAGACCGCUCUACUGCGGUGAUCUGCCCCAAACAGACGGCCAGUGCGACAGGAAGUUUGAUGUAUUCUGGAAGAGGGUCCGGAGCUGGCUCAGCAACUAUGCCACAUGCCCGCGAACUUUCCACACGAACCAGGGGUUUUUGAGCAAGCAGGAGCUCAUGCAGCAGUUCAACACGGAGCUUAGAGGACCCGUGGAGAAAUGGCGACUUGGGCAGAUGCCCCCGGAAGUCUGGAAAGACGCCGACACGAGAGGCGUGCUCGAAGGCUCCCAGUAUCAUACUCACUAUGCCGUCAGAGCAUACUAUCCCGAGCGCACAAUUCGAUGGCCCAGUCCGCCCCAGGAGGCGAGCAGCGACGGAGAGGUCGAUGGAUGGGAGGCUUACAAACGACUUCUGAGCCAGGUUGAGGACGAGAUCAUAACUGCAGAGGAGAUGGACAGGCAGGUGGCCCAGGAUGCAGAGAAUGGUACCUCGAUUGUCGCCGACCAAGAGAAGCAAACAGCGACCUUCUUUCGCCGCCUCGCAUAUAGGCUUGGUUACACAAUACGGGUUCUGAGCGAAGAGCACCAUCAGGACAUGGAGACCCUCGAGAGUGAAGGGCGAGAAGAAGCAAGCCGCCAAUCCUUGAUCAAAGUCUUGGACACCUGGAAGCGCACAAGGGACCAAGAGGAUGACACUUCCCAGGAAGGGAGCCGGAAAAGGCGCUGUACUUCCUACAGAGACAUUGUGCGAGAGCAUGUGCCGGAUCGAUUCCGGAAAGACUGGGAGGACGACCAUAGCCGUGAUGUGGAAGCUCAAUGUGCAAAAAUAGUUGGUCAGGAGGUUUUGUGGGAGCUCGAGGAUAAACAACCAUGCAGCCAAGAGCCGUGCAACAAGAAAGGCUACAGGGAGGCGCUGUGGACUUUUGGACACUCGUCGAUGAAGCCCAGGGCGAAGAAGUUCUGGGACAUUGAUAGGUGGAUUGCGCACCAACAUAUGCGGGAGCAGAGGGACGCCGGCGAGCAGACGAACGCCGCCGAACAUGCGGGCUUCAACGAGGUGGAAAGUAUGUUCUACGGGUACCAUUACAGGCCAGAGCAAGAGCGGGGACCUGAUGAUCGAUUCUACACUGAUAGUGCCAGCCGGUCUCUCCUAGGUCCGGGUGCUCAUACGUGGCAGAGUGAAGCAGACUUCAGGCCAGAGAUAUUCGACGCGGAGGAGGUAGACGGACAGCAGCCUCAAGGGGACGGGGAGGACGAUCCGCCAGUUGAGAGAGGCAGUUGGUUCGAGACCGUGAUGGGCCCUCAGGAUACAGAGAGCGGCCAUUCCCAGCAGAGUGAACAGAUCCAGCAAAGUGAGACAGGAACAGAACAUAGUGGUCGCUCUAACAAGGAAAAUGUAGGUCACCGGACCUUGCUGCCUAGUCCUGAUGGUAGCACGAUUCAGGGUGGGAUUGCAGAAGCAGGAGGCCCUUUGCAAGACGUAACACAUAUUCAUGAACCCGGAGCUGAGAGUGAGCCUGACCAGUAUGGAAGAUCCGAGGAUGAGAAUCAAGGCCCCAGAGUCCGGGAUCAACACAGCUCGUUCAGCAUCUUUGAGGACGGAUCGGACGAAUAG